AUGGGCGCUCUUUCGAAGCAAAUCUGGUCUGGCACGGCUCCGAUUGCGAAGGAUUGCCUCACAGUCCUCACCAACUCCUUUCAACAGCUUCCUGUCAGCUCUUGCCGCGAGAUGCUUCUGGAACAGGCUGGCAGUCGUCAGGUUGAGUACAAGCGAGUGGCACAAGGGGAGGUGGGCAUUGCAGCGGCCACACUGACGCACGUCAUGUGCGAGCUGCUCCCAACGUCCUGUCACGAAAGCUCUGUGCUGCUCAUGGAUGAGAAUGUUGUUGCCGCUACUUCCUUGGUAGAUGCAGUACUGGAAGCAGCGCCGCCGUACCUCCGCGACGACCUAUUUGGCGAAUUCCCUCGGAUGCUGCAGCCGUCGCAGCUGUGCCUCGUCGCUGGCGGGCGAGGGGCGAGGUCCGAUCUGCACAUCGAUCCGCUGUCGUGGACCGGCUGGAAUUGUUUGCUCGAAGGGAGAAAGGCCUGGCGAUUCUACCCCGACACGCCGCAGAAUACCGAAGCGUUUCGGCCUCUGGGCCGGCCCUUUGGCAUAGGCAAAGGAGGCGCAGGGAGCGCACAGCUCUGCACCAUUGGAACCGGCUGGCGAAGCGAGGUGGACCUCUUCGCGCAAUUGACCACCCACAGCCGCCUCAACGACAAGGUCCCUGAUGGCUCGGCAUCGUUCCAGGCAGACUUCGGAAGAUUUCCGCAUGCACGAGGCUGCACGGUCUGCCUGGAUCACGUGCAGGAAGCUGGCGAGACACUGAUCUUUCCAGGGCACUGGUGGCAUCAAACAUACCACCUGAGCCCCACCUUGGGCUUCGCUGGGCAGGUGCUGAAUUCGGAGAACUUGAGACAGGUCCUCGGCCACAUCAUCAGCUGGUGCGGCUUGGAGGCCCGAGACGAGGUGGCAUGGGGCCAAGAGCCACGAGCCCUCAUCGCCCAGGUUCUUGGUGAGGCCAUCGACUCCUUUUGA